AUUAAAUUCUGAUUUCUUCAUUUUUACCAUUAUUGUUAUCAUCAAAUUGUUUGUUCAGCUUGUCAGAUUUGUUUUUAUUAUUAUCCUGAAUACGAUCCAUUUUUUUGAAUACAUUCUCUGCCGAUUUACAGUCUUCGAUCGUAAAUAGAAUAUAGUAAGCAAUGAGUGAUUAUUCACAACAAGAUAUUAUCGAACAGAUCCGUGAUCAAUUGACCGAAGAUCAACGGAAAAAAGUGUCUCAAUUUAAAGAUAUAUCUGGAAUGAAUGAUUUGGAAUCUUAUCAUAUAUUGCGGGCAAAUGAAUGGAAUUUUGAAAUUGCUCUGGAUCUCACUUUGGAAGGAGCUUAUAAUCAUGAUAUCAUCCAGAAUAUGAUACAACAUUCAAAUGGUAAUAAUAAUGGAGAGCAGACGAAUGUUACAUCAUCAUCAUUGAGACGUCGAAAUGCUCCAACAUCUUCAACAAUGUUUUCGGCUGCUCUCAGUUCAUCGACACCUUUGUCUGAUAAUGAUUCGAAUACAAGUGCAAUAAAUGACAAUGAAAAUAGCAAUAACAAUGAUAAUAAUAAUAGUCUUUUUAUGAUUCCGUGGAAUGCGGCUACCUGGCUGUUGAGAUUACCAUAUAUAUUGAUCAUGAAUACUUUGAAUACGAUUUAUGAUUUUUUCAUCUCAAUGAUUUAUCCAACAUUACAUUAUGAUCCAAAUGGAACAGUUGAACAAUUUAUUCGCGAAUUUGAGGAAAAAUAUGGCCAACAACAUCCAACAUUUUUCCGUGGUACCUAUUCUCAAGUGAUUGAGCAUGGUAAACGUGAAAUUCGUUUCGUAUUAAUCUACAUUCAUUCUCCAUCAUAUCGCGAAAUUGAUAAAUUUUGUUCAACUGUUAUUGCUGCACAAAAAUUUAUCGAUUUAAUUAACGCAGAAAAUCUCCUUUUCUGGUCAUGUUCGGUGGAUUAUCCCGAAGGUUAUAAAGCUUAUCAAUCGUUGAAGGUCAAUCAAUACCCUUUUAUGGCAUUGAUUGGCCUUAAGAAUCACAAAAUGAUUGUAAUGAAAAAAAUGGAAGGCUUUCACAAUGUUGAUACUGUUGUGGCCACUUUACGUACUGCUAUACAGAAUAAUGAAUUUUCUUUGAUGGCUGCCCGUCUCGAUCGUCAAGAACGAGAUAUGGCCAGUUUGAUUCGUGCUCAACAGGAUGAAGCAUUUGAAGAAUCAUUAAAAGCCGAUCAAGAAAAAGAACGCCGUAAACGAGAAGAACGAGAAAAAAUAGAACAAAAAGAACGUCUUGAACGACAAAAGCAGCAAGCUGAAGAGGAACGUAAACAAAGGAUAUCAGACAUGAAGAAAACAUUACUUGCAGACAUAUCUCCGGAACCGGAUCCUGAUCGAUCGAAUGCAUGGCGUAUUAUGUUCAAACUGCCAAAUGGUACACGUCUAGAGCGUCGAUUUCUUUGUACAGAUCCAGUCAAAUAUCUUUACUAUUAUGUAUUUUGUAAAGAAAUGGAAUUGAUAAAUUUCAAAUUGCGUACCAAUUUUCCUACACGUGAUCUUCCCGGACAUUCACCAUCAGUAGAUGAUAAUAGUUUAUCGAAUUCUUCGGAUAUGAAUCUGCCACUAGAAAAAUGUAAUCUUGACAAUAAUAUCGUAUUAUUUGUACAUGAUUUAGAUUCAUAAAAUCUUAUCGAAAAGUCGAAGUUGUUCGAUAUAUUAUUAUUUUAAAUUUAAAUUGUUAAAAAAUGGACACACACACACACACACACACACACAUAA